GAAGAGGAGGAGGAGGAGGAAAGUCAGGAGGAGGAAAGUGGAGAGGAUGAGGGAGAAAGUGAAGAGGAGGAGGAAGAAUGUGGAAAGGAGGAUAAUGAAAGUGGAGAGGAGGAAGCAGGAAGUCGAGAUGAGAAAGAAGAGCUGUGUGAACAACAGACAGGAAAUGAAGAGGAGGACGCAGAAGAAAGUAAAGAGGAGAUAAAAGGAAAAGAGCUUGAAGACCAAGAAGAAUUUGAGCAGUGUGAACAGGGGGAAGGGAAUAAAAAGGAAGAGGAAAAGUCUGAAGAAAGUGAGGAGGAAGAGGAUAGGAGUGAGAAGAAGGAAAACGCUGAGGAAAUUAAAGAGACAAAAGCCCUAAGUGAUGAUUCAGAGGGCGAGGAAGAUCAGGAGAGUUUGAAGGAGAGUGAAGAAGAGCAGUCUAUUUCAAAAGAAGACUCAAAGUGUCCAGGUGAAUUAUCAGAGUGUGAGGAAAAGAAAGAGAGCUUCACCAAGCAAGAGAACACAAGAGGAGGUGGAGAGGAAAAUAGACAUUGUUCAGGGGAACAGGAGGAAGAUGGUGAAGGCACUGAGGAAAAAAUAGAUGGCUGUAAAUCUUUGGUGAAAGAAGAGAGAACAAGAAAUUCUGAGAGCGAGGGAUCAGAGAAUAGCAAACAGAGAGCACCUAACAAUGAGGAAGAAGAGCAAAAAGACAGUACAGCGGAAAAAAGCGAUGAGAGGAAUUGUGGAAAUGAAUUUGACGAAGAGAUUGAGAUUGGAAAGAGCACGCCUGGAGCAGAUGAAUGUGAUAACUGGAUGGAAGAAGUGAAACUCUGUGAAGAGGAUGAUGAAGUAUCAAAAGGAGGCAGUGAGGAAGAAGAGGAGAGCGAGUGGUUUUUCAAAGAACCUGUGGAGGAGAAGAAGGCUUGCGAUGAGGACAGGAAGUCAUGGGCAAGUGAUGAUGACUAUGUAACAAUAGCCAGUGGCCAUUCACAGAAAGAAGAGGAAGAGAAUGAUAACAUGAUGUCUGCUUGGGAGCAAGAGUGGGGUGAUGAACAGCAGACGAAGGAAACUAGAGACAUUUAUGUUGAGGAUUUUCAUGAAAGUCUGGGCAGCCCUGCGGCAAGCGUGUUAACUUCCGGUUACGGCACAUACAGACCAGACUCGCCUAAAGACGGAGACCCAGAGGAAGUGGAUUAUAGAGACGACUGCACACUGGGUGGAUUAGAAGAAGAGAGCCAAUCGGUCUUAGAUGCUGGUGAUUACGAGGCUGACAGCAGUCCGGCGUGGUUCAGAGAAACAUCUGAUGGACGAGCUCCUGCUGAAUCACCGGAUGCUAGUCGCGAUGUAACCGUCUGCACUGAUGAAGAUGAUGUCCGCCGGUCUCCUGAUCAAACCGAGCAGCACCAGAGUCCCACAGAGAACGACUCUGGAACUGGAGGCUCUGAGAAUGUGUUGUAUAUCAGUGACGGCUGGGACAGUCUUGACCACCCCUUUAAUUUGAGGCACAGGAGAGGCAUAGUUCAAAAGAGACCCGAGGAGAAACAGUACGAUGAUGAUUAUGAUGACAGCAAGAAGAGAAGAAAGGAGAAAAGAGUCCGAGCUCAUACUGGCUGCCUCGGUACAGUCAGUGAGCUGGAGGAGCGUUUGGACCGAAUGCGGAUUGGUGCAUCUCGUGUGCACUACGACUCGGAGAGUGAAGCAGGCGGGAGCUAUACGGACAGAUCCAGCUCCGUGACGGAGGAACCACCGAGUGCUUUCCAAGAAUACAUCAAAGGCAUGACACGAUCACACAGUGAAAGUGAUAUCCGACCACGUCCAAAGUCAUUUAUACGGCCAAUGUUUGAUCAUCCUCACACAAGGAACUUGAAGAAAACUGAUCCAGUGGCAAAGUAUUUCCAGUAUAAGCAGGACUGGGAGAUGUUUAAACCUCCAGGAGAGAAGAGCAGGAAGGAGCUGCACUGGGCCAUCAGGGAACAACUUAUGUAUCAGCCUCCACCAACGAGACCUCAGAAGACGUACAUCCCCAACAAUUAUGUGGUUCCAACAGAGAAGAAGCGAUCUGCACUAAGAUGGGAGAUCCGUCAUGAUUUAGCACAUGGCAUUAUCCCUCCAAAAAUCUCCUAUCCCUAAAACAGAGAAUCUUCCACCUAUGCCUUAUCUUUUAUAUAUGCUUAAUGCUAUUAUUUAUUCAUGAUGUUGAUUUUUUUUACACUAUUGUGCAUGUGAAAUGAGACCUCAAGAUCAUUGUUUUUAUGAAAUAAACAUUUUAAUAGG